CAUUCAGUGUAUGGAAUGAUUACCGAUUUUGCGCAAUCAUAAUUUACCGUGUAUGUUUUGCUUUUACACGACGCUCGGCGGAGCUCUCGUUUUUUUCCAGUGAAAAAAAAGUGGUAAAAUAAGCUGCUAAAAUGAACAGCCGUCGUUGUAAAAGAUCCGGAAGUGUGGAGAAUGUGCCCGUGUCCUUUGUGGAGGUGAAGGUUGAACCGGAUGUGCUGGCAUAUGAAUGCAGUGAAUCGUUGCCAUCGUCGAACACUCGGCCUCGACAUGCAAGGAGGAGCUCAAAAGUUGUCAACAAGUGCGUUGAUGAAUCGCAGGCCAAAAAGCCAAAAACUAAGGAGACCAAGACUCACUGCAGACGAAGUCGUGCCACUCAAGUAAACUCGGAAGACAUUGAUAUAAUCAACGUGAGGAAAUUCGAUGCAUUGAACACCAACGCCGAAAAUAAACCAAUCAGAGCCAUUGGAACCGAGUCGGUCAUUCCCCAGUGUCGCUUUUGCUUACGAAGGGUUUCUCGGGAAAAUUUGAAAAUCAUACUAAGGAAACAAAGCAUAACAGCACAUGCUGCGUUUCAGAUUCGAGUAUUCCACCAUGAUGCGUAUCCGUUAGCCUGUGUGAAUUGUUUGAAUAUGAUUGACAUCAUCUUGGAUUAUAAAUCAGCAGUCACUAAGGCACGAAAUUUACUCCUUGAUAAAAGAACGCACUUGGAGAAUGACGGGUGGGAUGAUCCAGUCAAUGUAGGCAGUUUCAAUCAAUGUAAAUCAGCCAUAGAGAAACAUCGGAUGCAAAUCGAUGCGAUUUAUGAUGAUCACUUGGCAAGAGAUGAAAGAAGAAAUACGCAGAUACUGGAACCGAAAAUGGAGUUGAGCAUUGAGGAUAAUGCAACAUCUGACACCAGGAAUGACACAAUCCAUUUUCAAAACGCAUCUACUGCCAAUUCAGUACAUGAGGAAUCAACUUCUGUUCAAUUUUCUCUGGAACCUGGAAUUGGUGAUGUGGAAAGUAUUUUGCAGGCUGUCGUUGAAGAUGUUUCUGUGGAUAGUGGCAGUAUUAUAAAUGCUGGUGACGGGUUUGAACUUCCCGCUGCAAAUUCUGUAGCCACUCCACCAAAUACGGAAUCAUUAGAGAAUGAGAAUGGUGUACCAUCACGCAGCAGAAGAAAGGCAAAAGAAAAGAAAGUUUACUAUUCUUCUGAAUCUGAGCAGAGCAUCGAAGAUAUCGAAGAUGAUGAUUACGAUCCAGGCGAUGCGAACUCUUCUGAAAAUGAUGACGAUGACUUGGUUUACAUUCCAGUAUCACUGACUUCGGAAAUACCAGAAGUAUCUGUACCCAAAAAGAGAAAAUACAAUAAAAUGAGCGUCCUACCACGAAAGCCCAGAGCGAAAGAGCAGCACCCUAGGAAGCGUCGUAAGCCAAGAGAAUCAGGGUUGGACUACAAAUCACCGCCCGUUCAACCUGUAUUGUGUGACUUGUGUGGAGAAUCAGUUCGUCCUGAAACCAUUGAAGGCCACCGAAAUCGUCAUCUAGGAAUCAAACCGUACAACUGCCCUGUCGAGGGUUGCAAUUGGGCUUUCCACGGUCGUGCCCAUAUGUCCCGUCACAUGCGGCGAGUACACCCUCAAAACGGAGCACAAUACCAAAAGUGUGACAUUUGUGGCAGGUUCGUUCGAGGCUUACCGAAUAUUCUGAACGAGCACAAAAAGCUCCAUUUUCUAAAAAAGGAUGGCCAUGUUUGUCCAGUGUGUGGAAAAGGAUUUGCUACGCCGAGAUAUUUGAGACAGCAUUCGAUAAUACAUACAGGGCUGUUCCCGUACGAGUGUAGUUAUUGCGGCAAAAAGUUCAACAAUAAGUGGAGUAUGAAGACUCACGAGAAAAAUAUACACGAGAAGAAGAAUGCAUUACCAACCAGCCACGAUUCAGUAAUGGAACAAUCCGGUCAAGCAUAUAUGGAAUGAAACUUUUCAUUAUACAAGUUGUAACUGUAAACCUCACUGGUGUUUUUUUCUGUAUUUGCUUGCGUGGCGCCCAAAUUAUCCAUAUUCCGAAGUAUCAGGUGUCAUGUUGAAAUAGUCCAUUUUACGGGUCGAAUUUAGGAAUGAAAAUUUGACAGGACCUCGCGUCCUAACCCGUAAAAAUCAAUGUCAUCAUCAACAUUGUUACAGGGCUGUUACAGUUGUCGCGAAUUUCCUGGUUUUCGCGGAUUUGCCGCGAUUUUACCUUCUGAGUCGCGGAUUUCGCGAGUGCUUAAAAGUUGGUCGUGGAAUUUCGUAAAUUUAACUGAAUUUAGACGCAAAUUAGUUGAUUCCUAAUAUUAUGUUCACACUGCAAUUUUAAUAAACAUUUUUCCGAAACUUUGAACACGUUUUUUUUUUUCAAUUUUCAGUCUGAAUGUUCUCUCCUAGUUGUUAUGCAAAUUUCAACUGAGAAAAAAAUACCGAAAACAACGAAAUAAAAUAUAAAUGUUAUAUUACGAACAUUAAUGAAAGUUUUAUGUAUCCUUUACCAACAUUAUUUAAAGCAGUUCUGAAGUUGUUUGUACAUAAAUUCAUUUGUGUUUAUUUUUUAUGAAAUUUUCGCCGACAUGACGAUCCCUAAGAACUUUUCCAUGGUCCAAUAUUUGUAUUGAUUUUAACAUU